UCCCCGGUGGCGCAGCGCGUGUAUGGAGUCAUCCCGCUGCUGUAGGCGGGGGCGAGCCCCUUUGCCCGUCAUAUUAAUGUGCUUUCCCGCUAUUCCAGUUCAUGAAAUAACACUCAAGUGUUUGCUCUUGUUCGCCGCCUGCGCUUUCAAACAGUGGACAGCAACUCAACCCGUUUACUGGCAGCUGCUGAAGCCCUCUAUAAUGUCUCGUCGAAAGCAAGCGAAACCAAGAUCUUUGAAAGGUCAUGAAAACCGGUUAAAUGCAAAUGACGAUGGGAUGAAUAUGGGAAAGAAAGAUUGCUCAGAGGAGAGGGGCAAAGAAUGGGAUGAGGAAAGUAACAGACAUGGACAAGGGAAAGAAGAAAGUGCUGAAGAGCCUACAAACCUACCACAAUCAGAAUCACCGGUCCAAACAAAGUACUGCCAUAGUUCAGCAAACCGCAAUGUUGAGGAAGAUGAAAAAUUUUGUUUGGGUUUUCCUGAACAUUCCUCCACUGACCAUGAAGAUGGAUGUGGCCUUGGAUUCAGGGGAGAAACAUGCAGAGACCAUCAGAGAUUCGGUCUGAGCGGGAAGGUGAACACCCCUUUGCCUGGCAACAGUUCAGUACCUCUUGAAAUAUCACAAACAGAUGCAAGCGACGAAAGCCCAACAAAAAACAAACAGGACUUUAAUAAUCAGUUUGAGCAGGCUAGUACGUUGUCCUUGCAACAUCUCUCUCUUCUAAACGAUGUACCAAAUUACAUGGGGGACCCUGAGAAAAGAAAACCUCCAAAUUUUUCAGCACAAGAUCAGUCAGACAUCUCAAUAGUGGAAUGCACACGUAUCAACUCACAAAUACCCAGUCUAGCAACCCUGGCUGCUUCUGGCGAAAAGCACGUGGCUGUUUCUGGAGAAAAGAGAAAGUCUCCAUUUGACGGUUGUUUAGGAAUCUCUAAAAAGCUCAAGAUUAUAAGUAAUUAUGUUCACAACCACGUGGACUCCAGACCAUGUCCACAGACUCGACACAUGGAGAAUAAGAUCUGCUCCAGUUCUGAGAUUCUUACUUUUCCGUCUGAAUUGCACCAGAAAGAGGCUAAUGUAAUGCUAGGCCAUUCUGUGUUGCUUGAAGCUGCAAUCACAGCAGCCGUUCAGACAGUUCUUCAGUGUAGCUUCUGUCCCACAUCGUUAAAAAACCUUGAAGCUCUUCAAGAGCAUGUUCGGCGAACACAUAACUCUGCUUUAACUGAAAGCAAUGUCUUCUUCUGCUCACAGUGCUUUAGAGGAUUCCUUACAAAGGACACGCUAGAUAAUCACAUGCAGCAGACCCACUGCAGAAACCAGAGCCCAAAACUUGAUGCUGAUCCAGAAGAAAUAGCAGAAAGGUCUUUGCAAUUCUGUCCAUACUGCAGCCACUUGCCUACAUUUAGCAGUAAACUAAAACUGAUGCAGCAUAUCAAAAUGAUGCACAAGAACACUAACUUGAUGAACCUCACAGAUGGAAGAAGGACAACUGGUUCAACAUCACCUCAGUCAAUUAAGAGUCCAGCCAAAAAAGCAGGCCACUGUGCCAUACCUUCAUCCGACUUCAUAUGUGACCAUUGCGGAGCUAAAUACACAGAUCUGGAUCUGUUUCAGACUCACUUGAGCUCUCACCUGAAAAGUUUGCUUCCAAAACUUACAUGUCAAGAGGGCUUGAGGGAUUUCCCAAACAAUGAAUCCUUUAAGGAGCACACAGUGUUUCAAUUUAGCAACACAUCUACGUUCUACAUCUGUGAGAGCUGCGGUAAGACCUUCACUAGUGUGAAAGACUUACAUGGGCACCUACUUGAGAUGCACACUGUUUCAUUUUACCGCUGUUCCCUAUGCCAGCAGGUGUUCAGCUCUAAGGUGUCUAUUCAGGUUCACUUGGCCUCUGAACACAGCAACAAGAGAACGACAUUCCACUGUACGUCCUGCGACUGGGACUUCAAGCAAGAGCACGACUUGCACCUGCAUGUCAAAGAGAAGCACCUCGACAAACAAUGUAAGGCAUACUGUUGCAUCUUCUGCACGGAGUCCUUCACUACGGAUGUUGACUUGCAGUGUCAUAUCACCACACACAGCGACAAAUGCAGUCCCUGCGUCUGUACUAAGACCAUAUCUCCCCUCGAGGUGCCCUUACACGAGAAACUCUGUGCCAAGAGCCAGAGCGUUGAAGGUAACAACGUGACCCCUCCACCUGUCUCUGAACCAGUUGCCAAGGACGGCGCUGGAUUCCUGCCAGCGAAUAGUGAAAUAAGAGACGGUAAGGUGGAAUUGCUGUUCAGCCCUCCCACUGAAACCAAAGGGAAGGCGAGCCUCAGCGAUCCUAUGUUUGCCUGUGAAAUCUGUGGUGCUUCAUACACCAUGCAGUCCUUGCUCGCCAACCACCAGCUGCGAGAUCACCACAUCCAGCCUGGGGAGAGUGGCACUCUCAAGCGCAAAGUGGAGGCGAUCCAAGGGAGCCACAAAUGCAAAGACUGUUCCAAGACCUUCUUCACUGAGAUGGCUCUGUGGGAGCACGUCCAGACUCAUCUAGGCCCCACCAAGCACUGCCAAUGCCCCAUCUGUGGAGAGCGCUUCCCCUCACUGCUAACUCUGACUGAACACAAGGUCACCCACAGCAGGAGCUUGGACACAGGCAACUGCCGCAUCUGCAAGCUUCCUCUUCACAGUGAGGAGGACUUCCUGGAACACUGUCAGAGGCACCCAGACCUGCACAACUCACUGACAGGCUUCCGCUGUGUCGUAUGCAUGCAGACUGUCACCUCCACUCUUGAACUGAAAAUUCAUGGAACUUUCCACAUGCAGAAGGUCCAGGGCGAGGAUCUGACCAACAGCUGCACGGAUCCCUCCAACCUUAAUCCCGACCUUAAAAUCUCCGCAAGUGUUGCUCAGCAGGAAACAGCGAAUGCAAAUGUCAGCAUAUAUGAGCAUAGACUCCGAAACAAUAAGACUAGCAUUUCUGUUGUGAACGGUUGUUCGGCUACGGCUCUCAUUCCAGAGGAGAUUAGCAAUAAAAACACUCUCACGCAAACCACAACAGUUUGAAACAAAGCCAACCCUAAAUAAAAGACAUGAUUUGUCACCAUAUGAAGCAUCUGCUUUCAAAUGUACAUUGUGUUAUGUAUUUGUGCCAGAACAGUGAAGAGAUGUUUGGGAGAGGCUGUUUUCUGCCUUCCAGUAAGAAAGAGGGGUUCGUUAGUUUCAAAACACUCAGCAAAUGACUAAUUCUCCCAAGCGCAAGGCUAAUCUUCACCGGACACGUCUGAAUUCAGAUUUACAGCCAUAGUUGCAUCAUUUCCUCUCUCUUUGUUACGUUUUAAGAUAAAUCCUUGCGUUAAGAAACGGAGCUGAAUCUUGGUGAGUAAUGAGCUUCUGAUGACUGAAACUGCAGAUGCGCAGAGGGGCAGAAAAGAGGAUGAGAUGUGGGCAGUGGGACUUGAUGUUCAGAGGGAGAGAGUCAUUAGCAGUGUUUUAUCUAAUUGAAAUCUGAGCAGGCCUCUUGGUAAACUUUAUGGAUUAGAUGUAGGGCUUUUGGACAAUGACAUCUGAUAAUCACAAAACCGCCACAAUGUUGUGUAUUUUUAAAUUGUACUACGUCUUUUUAGUAAAAUACCGUCAUCUGUGUUGUAUAAUUUUAACAGUGAAUGUCUUGUUAGUUGUUUAUCUGUGUAUGAUGUCCAUGUGACAAAAAGAAAGUAAAUUGUCUUCUGGGUAAUUGUG